AGAACAGCAAUUUUGGUGCUCUCUCCUGAAUCUGUUUGGGCCGAUUUCUGGUAUAACAAGAGAUACUGAGUUAUCACCAACGAUGUCUAACUCGAAAGAACUCGAUUUUUCUUAAGGUCUCGAGUUCAAAUUUUGUAACCAGAGGGUGAAGCAGGGAAACGUCCAGGACUGGCAUUGAACAAGGGGAAGAGGGAACGAGGGAGCAUUGUUAUUGCUUGCCUUCCUGGGUAUAGAAUGCCGCCGUACACAUUUUCCUGGGCCAUGGCCCCACCUGUUUUAUACAGGGAAACGAUUCCAAGUGAAAAAGGAAUCCUCUGUUCUGCGGUCCUAAACGCAGGCAAAAGAUGGCCAACCAAAGUCGUUGCCUUUUUUAGGCUGAACUGAACAUCACCAUGUGCAACUCCAAUAACAAAAACCAACCAGAGAUGAGGCUUCUAUAAGAAUUCAAGACGACCCUUUAUAACGUUAGUUUAUCAAAAUACAGUACUAUAUCUUAAGGCCUCAACAACCCCACUGGUAAGUGCUAGCUCUCCCCUCUUUGGGUCUGGCUCUUUUUGUUGAUUUUAUGUUUAAAUGUUGUUAAAAAUGUGUUCUUGGAUUGAAAGAUUGAACCUUUUGGGUCUUUCUGUUUGAUAUAGAUUAGGCUUUUAGGGGUCAUGAGAUUGUGUUUUGGCAUUUUAAGAUCUGGUUUUGAUUUUCAUGAUUGGUUCGUUGUUGGGUCAAAUUUGUGUUGUGAAAGGAGAUAAUGCUUGGUGUUUCAAGUGCAGCAGGUAUGGAAGCCGCUGCUGGUUAUAGUCUGUAUCCUUUGCACCGUUGUAAAACCCUUCAUCUGGUGAGGCAUGCUCAAGGGAUUCAUAAUGUAGCUGGGGAAAAGGAUUGUAGUCUCUAUUUAUCUGAGGAACUUUUUGAUGCUCAGCUUACUCCUUUUGGCUGGUGGCAGGUAGAUAAUCUGCGGAAGCAUGUUCAAGAAAGUGGACUUUCUAAGAGAAUUGAGUUGGUCAUUGUAUUGCCUUUACUAAGGACUAUGCAAACAGCUGUCGGAGUCUUUGGUGGUGAAGGGUAUACAGAUGGCAUAGAGACAUCUCCAUUAAUGGUAGCAAAUGCAGUGAACAGCAACCAUUCUGCAAUUUCCAGUUUGAAUUGCCCACCAUUUAUGGCAGUUGAGCUUUGUCGAGAGCAUGUGGGAGUUCAUCCAUGUGAUAGGAGAAGAAGCAUCAGUGAAUAUCAGCCUCUCUUUCCUGCAAUUGAUUUUUCUCUGGCAAUUUAUUUUUCAUACUCAUAAUUGUUAUCUCUUUGUUUACAAUUCCUUAUGCUUCAUCGUUAUUUCUACUGAUAGCAUACUGAAAACAUUCUUGUUUAAAUCUUCCCCAGAUACAAAGUAAUGAGGAUAUUUUAUGGACGACCAAUGUCAGAGAAAAGAAUGAAGAAGUUGCAGCCCGAGGACUUAAAUUUAUGAACUGGUGACCAUCCCAUUUAUUUAUAUUUAACAUUUUAUUCUCAUUUUGAUAAACAGAAAGAAGAAACAAAGUAAAUUGCAAUCAUGAGAGCUUGAAAGUAGCUAGAUCAUAUAUUAUAUAAUGUGGUGGGUCUUCACUGCCUAUGUGGUGGUACUUCCCCAAUACUUCUACCUGUUAAGUGACUCCUCACUGUUUCUUUUCCUUAACCGAUUUGGAAUUAAUUUCUGAAGGUUGUGGACUCGGAAGGAAAAGGAGAUCGCAAUUGUUUCCCAUGGUGGGUUCUUGUAUCACACUCUGAGUAAUUUUGGGAACGACUGUCAUCCAUCCAUGCCAAGUGAAAUAAGCACACCCUUCGCUAAUUGCCAGCUUCGGUCAAUGGUUUUUGUUGACAGAAGUAUGAUGCGAUCAGAUUCUGCAAAGACUAACUACCCUGGAAAAAUCCCGCACGGGCUGGAUUUUCCUAGUGAUGUUGCCGAUCGGAAGCUUCCUGAUGGAGUUACCAAGUGAAAAUGCAGUCUGGAUAAGGCGUAGGAUGGGGCAAAAGACGAGGCUAAAUGGCUCAUCAAACGUGAGAAACAUGAAUUUGGAAUGUUCAAAAGACCUCUAAACUAUUUUGCUGAUCAAAGGUUAUUAUCAAAACAUCACUAACUGAUUGGCAACUCAUUUCUGUUAUGCCAUGGGCCCAUGGCAGACACACUGAUUGAAAAUUGUUCGGUAAUGGGUUUAUUUCGAUCAUUUGGUUUACCAUUUUCAAUACUAGUAAUCAAGGGGAAAAAUAGAA